AUGUCCUCUCCCAAGACAGUUGUAUUCCUGGGCGCCAGCGGUGGAGUUGGCCUCUCGGCACUCAAGCACACCCUGGCUGCAGGCCACCAGUGUAUCGCCGUCUGCCGAACACCAUCCAAGCUGACUGACAUCAUCCCGCUGUCGACGACCCCCAAUCUGCGCGUGGUCGAGGGCAACGCGCACGACGUAAAAGUCCUUGUCUCCGUCCUCCGCAAGGAAGACGGCACCUUUGUCGACGAGAUCAUCUCCACCAUCGGCGCCCGGCCCGACCUGCUCAAGCUCAGUAUUGAGGAUCCUAAUGUCUGCCGCAAAGGCAUGGCCACCUUGCUGGAGGCGUUGGAGCAGCUGCGCCGCGACGGCGCCACAGGGAGACCGUUGAUCGUCGUCUGCAGCACCACGGGCAUGUCCAAGUUCGGCCGCGACACUCCUCUGCUUGUCGUCCCUCUCUACAGCAUCCUCCUCAAGGUGCCCCAUGAGGACAAGGCGAUCAUGGAGAAUGCGCUGGCCGAAAGUGGCGAGGACUUUUGUGUUGUGCGAUGUAGCCUGUUGGUUAAUGGCGAGACGAACACGCCGAUCAGGGUGGGCAUCGAGGACCCCAAGACGGGCCGCGAGUCUGAUGCGAUCGGAUACACCAUUUCCCGCGAAGAUGCAGGCAAGUGGUUCGCGGAUAAUCUGAUUGUGAAUCGCGAGGCCAAGUACGUGAAUAAGAUCGCAACCAUCACGUACUGA